CGCGGGGCGGAGGCCGUGCGGGCGACGGUGCCCGCCCAGCCGUGCGCACCGGCGCGGAGCCCCCAGCCCGGCGAGGCCCUGCGGGCAGUGGCGACGGCGGCAGCAGCCAUUGUUCAGGGGGAAGCUCGCAAACAAAGGGCUCGGUGCGCUCGCGGAGCCGGCCUGCGGCCUGCCGGGAGCCCCGGCCCCGGGGAACUUCGCCACCGCCUCCCCCGGCCCCUGCCAGCUCCAUGGCCUGGCAGCCGGGCACCGCCGACGCCUGCUAAGUUUGCAGCCGCUGCCUUCUCCCCGGCUGUUCCUCCAAGUCGUUCAAGCUGUACUCGCCAAAGGAGCCCCCCAACGGCAACGCCUUCCCCCCCUUCCACCCAGGCACCAUGCUGGAUCGAGAUGUGGGUCCCACACCCAUGUACCCGCCGACGUACCUGGAGCCUGGCAUCGGCAGCUGCCGAUGCCUCCUCAGCUCCUGCCCCCUGUGCUGGCUGGGGGGGCAGCACCAUACAUCCGCCUGGGCACCUCGGGGUCUGGGCACGCCCCUGGUGCUGGUGUCCAAUUUGCAGGGGGGCAGGCAGGGCCGUCCUGCCCCCACACAGCCCCUUCGGUCCCAGGGACAGAGCCCUGAGCCCCACGGGAGGCACACGCCGUACGGGAACCAGACCGACUACCGGAUAUUUGAGCUCAACAAGCGGCUGCAGAACUGGACAGAGGAGUGCGACAACCUGUGGUGGGACGCUUUCACCACCGAGUUUUUCGAGGACGAUGCCAUGCUCACAAUCACCUUCUGCCUGGAGGAUGGACCAAAGAGAUACACAAUCGGCCGGACGCUGAUCCCCCGCUACUUCCGCAGCAUCUUCGAGGGGGGCGCCACGGAGCUGUACUAUGUGCUGAAACACCCCAAGGAAUCCUUCCACAACAACUUCGUGUCCCUCGACUGUGACCAGUGCACCAUGGUGACCCAGCACGGCAAGCCCAUGUUCACCCAGGUGUGCGUGGAGGGGCGGCUCUACCUGGAGUUCAUGUUCGACGACAUGAUGAGGAUAAAGACGUGGCACUUCAGCAUCCGGCAGCACCGGGAACUCAUCCCCCGCAGCAUCCUCGCCAUGCACGCGCAGGACCCCCAGAUGCUGGACCAGCUGUCCAAGAACAUCACGCGCUGCGGGCUCUCCAACUCCACCCUCAACUACCUCCGACUCUGCGUGAUCCUCGAGCCCAUGCAGGAGCUGAUGUCGCGGCACAAGACCUACAGCCUCAGCCCACGCGACUGCCUCAAGACCUGUCUCUUCCAGAAGUGGCAGCGGAUGGUGGCACCGCCUGCCGAGCCGGCGCGGCAGCAGCCCAGCAAGCGCCGGAAACGGAAGAUGUCGGGGGGCAGCACCAUGAGCUCAGGCGGGGGCAACACCAACAACAGCAACAGCAAGAAGAAGAGCCCGGCCAGCACCUUCGCCCUCUCCAGUCAGGUACCUGAUGUGAUGGUGGUGGGCGAGCCGACGCUGAUGGGCGGGGAGUUCGGGGACGAGGACGAGCGGCUCAUCACGCGGCUGGAGAACACGCAGUUCGACGCGGCCAACGGCAUCGACGACGAGGACAGCUUCAACAACUCGCCCGCCCUGGGCGCCAACAGCCCCUGGAACAGCAAGCCGCCCUCCAGCCAGGAGAGCAAGGCGGAGAACCCCACCUCGCAGGCGUCCCAGUAACGGCCCGGCCCGGCCCGGCGCCCGCGGACUGAGUCCCAACCGAUCUACCUGUACGUUUGCAAAGGAGAGUGACUGCGGCGGGACGCGGCCUGGCCCCGGGGGCGCCCGCCGGCCCGGCCCUGCCCUGCCCCCUGCCCCCAGGCUGCAGACAGCUUGCGAUGGCGCCCCGGCCCCCUCCAGACACGUCCCGCCACCCCUGCCUCUGCACGCCAGACCCCCCUUCUCCCUCGGGGCAGGGCGAGCGGGCUUGGCUUCAUUCCCCCCUUCCCCUGCUCCCCUCUUCUCUCUCUUUCUCUCUCCAUCUCAUCCGCCCGGCAGCCCCCUCGACUGGAAACCCGCCGCCGGCUGCGCGCCAGGACUGAUCACUGGCGCCCGCCCCGGGGACCCGGCAGCAGAGCCGCGGGCGCUGGGUGUGGGGGCGCAGGGCCAGCCACAGGGAGCCGGGGCUGGGCCCCUGAUCCAGGGGGGUCGCUCAAGGCAGCACCUCCUGCGGGCAUUGGGCCGGGGGGGCCUGGCCUGGGGUCCAAGAGCGCUGGGGGGCAGAGCUUUGUACAGAGGAGCUGGGCGGCAGGGCCAGGAGGGACCAGGGCCGGGCACCAGCGCCCCAGCUGCCCCCCGCUCCCCUCUCGCCGCGGCCCCGGGCUCCCGGUUUGCUUUUUUUUUUUUUUUUUUUUUUUUAAUAAUAUUAUUAAACUGGUAAGUUAAAAAGCAAAAAAGAAAAAAAAAAGCCCCCCCACACCUGCCACCCCCUCCCCACUUUUUGUACCGUCUCCUCGGCCUCUCGGGCGUCUCCUUUUCUAUACCCGGUUCAGAGAGCUUCAGACCAAGGAGAGACUUUGCAGACUUCCCUCCGGACCCCCCGCCCCCCGUGGGGCUGGGGUGGCCCCCUCUUCCCCGGGCCCCCGCGGAUGUGUGUGCUGUUGUCCCCGUCCCCGUCCCCGUGCCGCCCCUCGGGUUUGUGUACCUCGUGCUUGUACAUUUGCGCGCUGUAGCCAGUGUGUGCGACUGUUCUUUCCUGUGUUCUCACUAGAGCAGCUGCCUCCGUCGGUGUUAGGGAAACACGAAUACCAAUGGCCACCAUUUCCUCUCCUCCUUUUUUUCAAGGCGAUUUGUUCCUUCCCCGGAGGCUGGGGCAGGGCCGGGCUGGGGGGUGACGUGGCACCGGGCACGGCCUGUGUAAAUGAAGGGGGCUCAUCCGCCCACUGGGGCGGGGGGACCUGAUGGGGGCUGACCUGAGGCCGGAUCCUGGAGGGGCUCCUCCGGGCCAGGCAGCAGCCCCGGGACCCCGUGUGCCACGGCUCCUGGGAGGUGCCGCCACAUUGCACGUGCCCCAGCAGCACGUGGCAGCCGUGUCCUGGCAGCCCCCAGGCGUGGGCUUGGGGGGGUUGUGUGUGCAGGGGCAGCAGCAGCACCCCUCCCAUCUCCUGCUGUGGCCGUGGCUGGAGGGCAGGGGCCCAGCUCCGUGGCAAGGGAGCGUGGCUCUGGAGGGGCCCUGUUUUGUUGCUGGUUGCUCGGGGGCAGCCUCCAGCUCCCAGCCCCAGCCUGGCACUCGCAGGGCCCGGGAUCGUGGCCCUGGGGCUGGGGCAAGCUCUGUCCCUGCCCUGGCCGCGGGGCUGGGACCGGGGGUGCAGGAGCCGGGCCGAGGGGGUCCGUGUAGCAUGGAUGAGACCAGGACACGUGGCUCCUGCCCCGCCCCCCACUAUAUGCACAGUAGCCCCGCCCCCUGGGCGCUAUACAGAUGACAACCCUACCCCCGGGCACUAUACAGCCAGUAGCCCCGCCCCCUGGGCACUAUACCGAUGAUAGCCCCGCCCCCUGGGCACUAUACAGGCAAUAGCUCCGCCUCCUGGGUGCUAUACAGAUGGUGACACACCCCAGCCCCGCCCCCCGGGCACGAUCCAGGCGGUGACGCGUCCCCCGGCCCCCCGGGCACUAUACUGCCUUUUCCUCCCUCCCCGCAUAGUUUGUGCCAUUUAUGAGUCAUGUACGGUACCAAUAAAAGCGACUUUUUGGUUC